UGGAUUAUUCCUAUUAAUGAAACUAAUUUUACUGUGGUGGUUGAUUUUCAACAUGUAAUCCACUUUUCAUUUGCUUGAAAAGUUGUUCACUAAUUUUCUAUCAAAUCAUUAAAAUAAAUUUGUUAAAAUAUGCAUAAAGUCUGUCUGUAUAUUUUUGAAAUCAAAUCAAAUCAAAUCAAAAAUUGUUUUGCGUGCUGUAUGUAACUCAGGUUGAAAUUGAACUACGAAACUGUCGCUAAGAGACCUCAAGAGUCAAGAAAAGAGUAAAUUUAUUUUUUGUGAGAAUUAGUGUGCUAAAUUUAAAUUUGUGUGCUAAAUUUAAGUGUUAAAUUAGUAUAUAACGUACGCAGUUCAUCAUGAGUUUAGCUUUAGAUCUAGUUUUAGUCAAGCACGGACGUUGUGCGGAAACUGAUCUCUCCAAUAUGAAUACGAGUUUAGUGUUAAUUAUUUUUGUGUUAAUUUUAAAUAUUUGUAUCUGCCGUAAUCAUAAUGACGUUAGUGAAUCACCUUCGUUAAAAUUGUGGUCUAAGGAGAAGGAUUCAAUAGAAUACUAUACGAAGCCCAAAAACGGUAUCACGGUCCCGAUCAUGAUUCAUUUAGACAAGAAUCUCUCGACGAAGCUUCCGGUAAAAAACAAAAUGAGAUCGCAAAAAUUCAAAAUGGCCGCCCGAAGAGUACUCAGAGACGUCGAAGAUAUAUUCGAACAUUCUAGUCUGAAUCUGACCAUUUCUUUCCAAUUGUUAGACGUUAAAAUAUUGAAAAACAAAAUAGCUAAGAUCGCAAUGGACGGGGACGUCGUGAAAUACUUGAAGACUUAUUGUCGCUGGCAAGGGGAACAGAAGUUGAAACACGAGAAUUGGUGGUUCUCGAUUCUUUUUACGGGAUUGGAUUUGUUUUACUUCGAUGAUAUGGGACAUGCCGCUAAGCGAGUCACCAGUCGAAGCUACAUGAAGGGUAUGUGCAGUAUAAACAAUAGCUGCACUCUGACAGAAUGGGGGAACAAGAAUACAGCGUUCAUGUUGGCACACGAAAUCGCGCACAGUUUGGGUGUUCCUCACGACGGCUAUCCUAACAACGAGUGUCGCGGGCGGCACGUAAUGAGCGCUGUGUUUAGUCCGUUAUCGCACAAUCAAGCUAAGAGCUGGUCUCCGUGCAGCAGACGAGCAUUGAAACAUUAUCUAUCGAGCAAGCGAGCGUGGUGUCUGAAGCCGGAAGAAAAUAACAAAUAUAUUUUAGUGUAGGAUUUAUUUUAAGUAGUAAAUUAAAUUGUCUUACUAAAUGUUUUAUUUAA